AUGACUGCCGCCUUCACAGAUCCGGAGGGCUUCUAUCACUCCAUCUCCAAUGUUCGUCUUGAUGAAAAUUUUACCCUUGCCUCGGUUCGCCUUUCUCCAUCCAAGAAGUCUCCUAUCGCAAUGAACCACUACACAACUAUUGGAAUGCCGAUCUCGGGGGACACUGUGGAUGAAAUGAGCCAAUGUGUUAAAACCAUUCUGGCUGACAGGAAAAACUUGAUGGUCGUUUCAGUACCAGAAAUUAAUGAUGAAGAUUGCUAUUACCUUGUCUACCCAUCAAGAUCCGGUGGUCAAUUGUGGGGCCCCGUGCAUAGACGGUCCCACUUCGGAGGGUUUGUACCACAUUUUGAGGGAAAGUCACGAGUCAGGAUCUGUGUCCUUUCUAAAUCUGGGGACCCAUUUGUUACUGACGAUGGAACAACCUUUGAAGAGGUGCUCGAGGGUAGAUUUCUGGGGGUAUGGGAUGAAGAUGGAAUGGUUCUCGAUAUUUUAAAAUCUGAAGGGCAGAUUGAGCUGCAUAAAAUGGCUGUAAUGAGCAAAUCGGGAGAAGGUGCCAUCUUUUCUGGAUACGGAUUCAUGGAUCGAAGUAGCAAUGCAUGCUUCUUGGCGUUUGACUUUGAAUGUCCAAAUUUCGGUUUCUUUGGAGUACACACACCUACUCCAGUGGCAGCGAUGGUUCAGUUAUCAGGGUUUGCAAGAGAGGUUCAGACUUUUGAUUCUCUUGAAGAGUAUAAAAGCUCCAAAAGCAAAGAUGAGAUCAAGUUUGCAAGCCAAUUCUUUGGGACUGAAAGCUUCAACGAUGGCAUGGAGAGCGGAUUGAACCGCAAUGGCACCUUCGCACUGAUUGUGGGCCACGUCCUUGAAUCUGAGUUGCGAUCAAACGAACUAACGGGCCAACCAUUCUACUGGGCCCUUGUUCAGACUGCUGGCGGUAUGGAAAUCGAUGUUGUGAUGCACCCAACCUUGCUAGAGGGCUUUGGUAUCAAGCCACCUCAAGUUGGCGGGGUCUUGCUAUGUUACUGUUGGUUGUCUGGCCUUUUACUUUCGGUUAGCUCUGAUUGA